AUGCAGCAGCACCAGCAGCAACAGACGGAAACCCCAAGCCGUGGAUCUUCCCGUUUGCCUGUCAACCCGCGACGACACAAGGUAGCCCCGGAGCAGAGAAAACGCGUCGCCACAGCAUGCAACAGCUGCAACGUCCGCCGCAUCAAAUGCUCUGGCGAGAGGCCGUGCCGCCAGUGCCGCGGCUCGUCCCGGGAUUGCGUCUAUCCAGCCCCUAUCGAGAAAAUCACCGUCUCGCGUAAUGAGCUGGAUGACCUUCGGCGGAAAUGCGACGCCUUGGAACGGGCCCUGCAGACAAAGGUUCCCGACGCCGCCGAGAGACAGCAGCUUGUAGCGCAAGAAGGUGGCGACCCGACCGGCUCCCGCGCCGGUUCCAGCUCAUCCUUCACUCCGCCGCAGUCGUACACACAGCAGCAGCAGCCGGCUCAGCUCUACCGGGACGAGGCCGCAGCCAACGAUGCGGAGGCCGAGACCGCCGGCCGAAUGUUGUCUGACCCGGACGGAAGAUCCCGCUUUCUCGGCGAGACCUCCGGCGCCACCUUUCUCGACUAUCUCAAGGAGUUCAUGUCCACCGUAUUCCCGCUGGCCUUCAACAAGCCCUGGCUGUCGCCGUCUGCCAACAACGGCUCAACCUUCUUGGCAUCCCUCGGUCGCUACCAGACAUACGACUCCCGCCCAAUAUACGAAAUGUCAAAUGUCGAUCCGCUUGUUCUGCCGCCCCGCUCCGACAUGACGGUCAUGCUCGAGGACCUCCGCUACUUCAUCCAGGACGGCAACGGCACAUUUCCCUGCGGCGGCAUCUACUGGUGGGGCGAUCUCGGCUCCGUCCCCGUCGACCCGAAUCCUGCCUCCUUUCCACCAGGCACCUCCCGCCAGGAGAUGCUGGACAAGUACCGUCACCUGGCCUUCUAUCAUACCGCCUUUGCUGUCGCCUGCCAGGCCAACACGAUGCCUAACCGCAUGCCUAAGCCCGAAGAUCUGAGCCAGAUCCUCUUCUCCCGUGCACGUGGCCUCCUCGGCAACCCUCUCGACAUCACCAGCUGGACCAUCAGCGACGUGGCUGUUCUGGCCCUCAUGGGCUUCUACCUCAUCGAGAUGAACCGCCGCGAUGCUGCAUACAUGUACGUGAGCAACGCCAUGCACAUCUCCAUGAUGCACGGCGCUCACCGUGGCUGGGUUGACGAGCGCGGCAAACGAGUCUUUUGGACGCUGUACAUCUUGGACCGCUGGCUGAGCUGUCUAAUGGGCCGUCCGCCGACCAUCAUGGAUGAUGCAGUCCGCGUCCCCCUACCGAAUGAUGCCCCUUCCCUCCCCCCUGCAGCCGGCCUCCGAGCCCACGUCCAGCUGGCCCGCAUUUCGGGCCACAUCGUGUGCAACACGUAUAAGGUCGCCCCCUACGACCACCAACCCGGCGGCGCGGCGCGGCAUGUCGAGCGAGCGCUGCAGAUGCUCGAAACCUGGCUCUCCCAGCUACCCCCUACCCUGCAGAUGCCAGCCGACUACAGAAGUACCGAUCCCGCAUGCUGUCUCCUGCAUAUGGGAUACAAUCAGCACCUCAUCCUGCUGCUGCGGCCCAUCUUCUUCGUAGCCGUCAAGAAGGCCUUUGCCGAGCGCUACAUCACGACCGGCGGCCGCUGGAACAUCGAGCACCACGCCGCCCGAAUCCGCCAGUGCUCCGACGCCGCCCACCGCAACCUGCUCCUCGCCCGCUGGCUCCUCGACCUCACCAACCGCACCCGAAAACUCCUGCAGGCCGGCCUGCACUACGUCUUCAACGCCGCCAUCAUCCUCAUGCUCGAGGAGCUGCUGCCCCCGCCGCAGCAGGAGCCGCCCCCGUCCCCGUCCGCCGAGUCCGACGACGUCAACUUUGCGAUUGACAUCUUCGACGAGGAGACCAAGACGGGCAGCAACUACGCCCGCGACUGCGCGACCGUCCUCAAGGACCUGAGGUCGCUCAUCCAGCGUCUCCGGCUGGCGCCCCAAGGCGUCGUCGCCGCGUCUGGUGGCGCUGUUGCUGCUGCUGCUGCUCGUGGUGUGGUAGGGGGCCCCGGUGGUCUCGCGCCCGAGGAUGUGGCGAUGAGCAACACCAGCAGCAGCAGCACCCCGACGUCUGCAGGCCCACGGGACUACCAUCUCCAUCUGAACCAUCACCAGCAGCCGCUGCAGCAGCAGACGUUCCCGAAUGAGGGCGAUGCGGUCUAUCAGGAGUUGAUGACCUGGGUGGACAACAACGAAUUGCAAGUAUACAGUAAUAAUAGCUAUCUCCCAUGA